CGCCCCUCACCGCCCUGCCCUCCGCGGGACACCGGCUGCUGAGAGCCCGCCUACACCCCGCCCCGACACCGGCGCUUCGUUUUUUUCUCUUGCACCCCCCCUCCGCUCCCCAAUUAUUAUUAUUUUUAUUAUCACUAAUUUUUCCUCCGCGGAUGAGGCGCGGCGGCGGCGGCCGGGGCAGCAGGCGGCAGCGCGCCGCGGGACCGAGCGGCUGAGCGGCGGCGGCAGGCGGCGAGCGGCGGCGGGAGGACCGGAGCCCCUGUGUUUUCAUUUUUUGUCAAAGUUGGAAGUGGUGCAGGCUCGGCUGCUGGCUUGCGGGUCUCCCUGCAUUUAUCUAUUAAUAUUUUUUUAAAUUACUCUUAAUUUUAAAAUUUUUUUCCUUUUUUUUUUUUUUUUCAAACUCUGGAUUUUGAAUGCCGGGCGAAGCCAGAAGAAACGAAAGCAAAUAGACACCUGUGUGUGCGUGUAUAUAUAUAUAUAUAUAUAAAAAUAUAUAUAUUAAAAAAUUAAAAUAAAGAACAACCGACUGCAGCAGCAACAACAGACAGCGCUCGGCAGCGCCCGGUCGGCGGCGGGCGGGCAGCGGAGCCGUCGGCGGGGCGGCCGCGCAGCAUGGAGGAGGGCGGCCGGAGCCCCCGGGAGGAGGCGGCCGAACCGCAGGAGUCCGGCGGCGACGCGGAGCCCGGCGGCGGCGGGCGGCGGGGGCUGCUGCUCCCCCCCGGUGACCCCCCGCACCCCCACCCGCACCCGCACCGCAUCACCAACUUCUUCAUCGACAACAUCCUGCGGCCCGAGUUCGGGCGGAGGAAGGAGGCGGGCGGCCCCGACGGAGAGCCCCGGCGGCCCGGCGCGGAGAGCCGCCGCAGCCCCGCCGCGGCGCCGGCCCCCGGGGCUCCGCUGCCCGGCGGCGGGGCGGGCUCGCCGGGCCGGGGGGAGGGCGGCCCCGCCGGGCUGGCCCUGCACGGCGCCGCCAAGAAGGGGGGGGACCCCGCGACGCUGGAGGCGGCCCUGAAGGCGCGGGGGCUGAGCGGCGGCGACCUGUCGGUGAGCUCGGACUCGGAUAGCUCCCAGGCCAGCUCCAACGCCGGGAACCAGCCCAUGCUGUGGCCCGCCUGGGUGUACUGCACGCGGUACUCGGACCGGCCCUCCUCAGGUCCCCGCUCCCGCAAACCAAAGAAGAAGAACCCCAACAAGGAGGACAAGCGGCCUCGCACCGCCUUCACCGCCGAGCAGCUGCAGAGACUCAAGGCCGAGUUCCAGACGAACCGGUACCUGACAGAGCAGCGGCGGCAGAGCCUGGCCCAGGAGCUCGGGCUCAACGAGUCCCAGAUCAAAAUCUGGUUCCAGAACAAGCGAGCCAAAAUCAAGAAGGCGACGGGCAGUAAGAACUCCCUGGCAGUGCACCUCAUGGCCCAGGGGCUCUACAACCACUCCACCACGGCGAAAGACGGCAAGUCGGACAGUGAAUAGCCAAGGGA